CACUGCGCCACGCUAUAGGCCGUGCUUGCCCCACAUCGGCUUUCUCUAGCAGCGUGUCAGUCGUCGUGUCGUCUUGCGGGGAGCAUGACCCCGGAGAUCUCGCGAGACUGCGGAGAUAUCAAUACUCUGCCAAGGCGAUAGUGACCAGGCGAGAAGUGUAAGAUAUAUAAGAGUCAUUCAUCGACACAAUGUCGACCUGAUGUUCUCUGCAACUCUCACUUGACGUUGGGAAUAGGUCAGCCAGACACUAUGGAUGAAUCGAAGCACAUCGCGAAGGUGGACCACGACCUUGUGGCGACUCAAAUGACCGACUACGACGCGAAGAUUGAUGGGGCCGAACAGGCCGAUCGCCAAGAACGCGAGCAAUCAAUCUGGUCGGCACUGAAACAGCACAGGAAGGCUGUUGCCUGGUCCGCCUUUUUGUCAGCCUCUUUGAUCCUCGAAGGCUAUGACCUCGUGAUCAUCAAUUCGUUCUAUGGACAAAACCAGUUCAUAGAAAAAACGAUCAUCGGUCUGGCCAUCAACGGUUGGGCCUCUCAGCGUUUCGGCUACCGACGCACAAUGUUGGCUGCCAUGGCCUUUAUGGCUGCCGCCAUCUUUCCCGUCUUCUUUGCACCGUCCCUCCCGGUCUUGGCUUUUGGCGAGGUGAUGUGCGGGAUCCCUUGGGGAAUCUUUCAGACCUUGUCCACGGCCUAUGCGGCCGACAUCUGUCCGAUCUCCUUGCGCCCACUACUUACUUCCUACGUCAAUAUGUGCUGGGGCUUUGGUAUUCUUCUCUCCUCUGGAGUGGCAAGGGGCGCCAUCGAUCUGGACGGCUCUCUUGCCUACAAACUUCCCUUCGCCCUGCAGUGGGUCUGGCCGCCCAUUCUGUUCGCAGGCGCCUAUUUCUGCCCUGAAUCACCCUACUGGCUCGUACGAAAUGGCAAACAGGAAGAGGCCUUUUGCUCGCUGCAGAGGCUCUCUGGCAGCGGCGACACCACGCAAGAGGAGCUGCGCGAUCGCUUGGCGCUGAUUGAGCAUACCGACGCCAUUGAGCAGGCUCAAGUUGCCGGAACGACCUACCUCGACUGUUUCCGGGGUGUCAAUCGACGAAGGACGGAGAUCGCCUGCGCUGUCUGGGCGACCCAAUGGUGGUGCGGCAACCCCUUGAUCGGGUUUGCAGUGACUUUCCUCCGCCAAUCGGGCCUGAGCGAGAAGGCUGCGUUUGACUUCAACCUUGGUAUGAACAGCAUGUACUUUGUCGGCACUAUCAUCAGCUGGGGCUUGAUGAGCCGCUUCGGCCGUCGUUCGCUCUACAUUGCCGGCCUCGUGAUCAUGAUGGUGAUCUGCGUGGCCAUUGCCGUUGCUGGCUUCACAGACACCCCAUUGGUGGUCGGCAUCCUCAUGAUCAUACUCAAUCUCGGCUACAACGUGAGCAUCGGUCCGGUAUGCUACUGCAUCGUUGCCGAAAUCGGCUCUGCUCGUCUUCGCCCAAUGACCGUCGUGCUCGCACGGACGACGUACAACCUCACCGGAUUGGUCACCAACACGAUCACUCCGAGGAUGAUUCAGCCCUCCGAAUGGGGAUGGGGCGCUCGCUGCGGCUUGUUCUGGUUUGGAACCGCAGGUCUGUGUCUGAUCUACUGCUUCUUCCGACUGCCCGAGACCAAGGGAAGAAGCUUUGCCGAGAUUGAUCUUCUCUUCGAGAACAAAAUCGGAGCCCGUCACUUUUCCAAAACAAACGUCGACCAAUUCGACAACCACACUUCCUUGGGCGGCGAAGGCGAUCGUCAGGACAGCAGCACCGAGAAAGCCUGAUCACUUCUCCCAGGGCGUCCUGGAUGCUCGUCGACGGAAGGAAGUGAAUGUUACGUCUUGGCCCAAAUUCCUUUUUGAUAGCUGCCCUUGCACACGCUUGUCCUGAUCUUGUUUUUCGCCUCAUGUAUCAGAUACUCCUUCGUCUCGCUUGAUCGUGCCAGAAAAGAUGAAUAGUUUUGCUUAUGAGACC